AUGAGUGGUAGUUUCAACAAGAAGGUUUGGAUUUCCAUAUUCAUUUCUGCCUUUGCUAUAAGCCUUGUGACAACCAUUCUUGAUAAACAUUAUGAUAGUUCUUGUUCUUUCAAAUAUAGAUUUUUCAAAAAUUUGUGGAAAGCUUCAACAUUUCUACUGCAGAAAGGCAGAUCGCUUAGACCUAAAGGUUGUCCUUAUGUCAUUCUUGGCGGAUUUUGGAUGAUGGGAACCGUCGUACUCGCUUAUAUUUUCAGCGCAAUGGUGCUGACGAAUCUCUUUCUGCGUAAAGCCCGUCAAAUAGAUUCAAUCCAUGAUCUAGCUGCUGCAAGAGAUAUUCAACCUAUUCUCCUGCAUGAGUCAUCAAUAUUUGGCGUUUUCAGUGAGGGAAAGGUAGACGUGUAUCAGUCGUUGUUCGAGAAGAUUAGUCAUAAUCCUGACAGCAUCAUGAAGUAUGAUGACAUGAGCACUAUUGGGAUGGAGCGUGUUCUAAAGGGGUGUUUCGCUCUUAUUACUGAUGAAAUGGAUUUAAAAAGUUUCUUGUCUAAAAGGUACAAAGAUGGACUUCCUUGUAAUUAUCGCUUGGCGAAAUAUCCAGUCUGGACAUUAUGGAGUUCGAUAGCAUUUAAAAGCAGCUUUCCUAAGAAAUGGAUUCGGAAAAUUAAUCGAUUGUUGUUACGUACAAUGGAAUCCAAUUGGUUGCAGCAUCGAAUGGAGAACGAAUAUGUUGGAUACACCGAAUGCCUUACAACUGGGAAUUCUAAAGUAGAAAGCUUAGGUUUGGCACACACAAAAGACGCUUUUCUCUUUUGGAGUAUAGGAUGUAUACUUGCUGUUAUUGCAUUGUUAUUAGAGCUUUUCAUUAAACCCCAUUAGAAUAUUUUAUGAUUAUAUCAGCUAUGCGUUUAGCAGACACUAACAGAUAAACAUGAAAGGGAGGGAGGCGAUGGUGCCGCUGCGCUGAUGGGGCUACUCCAUGUAAGGAUGGUAACUGAAUGGUUUGCGAUGUGUUUAGAUUGCGUAUUACUUACUGCAUAUAACAUAGAUAGAUAAUGGAUCAUAGAUAUAUAAUAAACAUAUUGAUAAUCAUAAUCUUAUAUAUUUAUGAUAAAUAUUAGUACAUAUCUAUUAUAAAUAUAGGAAAAGCUCUAUGAGCAAUGCAAAACCUUUUAAUAACGACAUUGACAAUUAAGGCAUUGAAGGCAUUUAAACAAUUAUUUUAUGCCAAGUUAUUGCCCUUAUAAUGUGAGGAUUUUGCUAGCGGCAAGAGUCUCUCUAGUGAAGUGUUUAAGAGCAUUGUCAUGACGUGAUGACCACGCAUGCGCAGUUUAGCCGAACGGCGUGCAACGCCUCUCUCUCAUGAGACUUACUAGAGAAGAGUAGUUAGUAGGUAGUAGCGAAGUAACGAAGGAAACGUGU